AUGCCCGACAUACGCGCUCUCCGUCACGUCCUCGCGCAAAAACACGACCCGCUUCCCAUCUUACCCCCUUCGGAUGAACAUUUUCCUCCUCCCAACCCUAUUUCGCCUUUCCAUCACUGCUCUCCAUCGCCCAUGCACACAAUGGUUGGGGUUUCUGGACUGCCUGAAGUCCCCCAAUCCGAACCUAUUCUGCCAACUUCGCAGCGAGAAUCUCGUUAUGAAAUCCCAUCCUCCCCACCAUCUGUUGCAUCCGAUCUAGGCAGUGGACGCAAACUUCGGAAGCCUCCCACCGUCACACCUCGAUCCUUCAGGCGCUUCUUUACCCCACGGUCCCUGCUGAAUAGUGGAAGCAAUGCUAGCGUCAAGACAAGUCGUCAGGCCCUGCGGGUGUUGAAUUCCCCAGCCGUCAACCGCCUCGGUCCCGCUUUUACUCGAUCACCCGAUGGCCGCCCUAGAAGCCCUUUUGAAGGACUUCCAGAGGAGACUUUUCGCACACCAAGCCGAAAAAGAAAACAUUCUUUCUCUUCGGUUGCUUCCCCGCUGCAAUCAUCGCCGCUUAAAAAAGUCCGUGUGCGAUCUCCGGCGGAAAUCCGGGAUAUUGAUCUGAUUCAAGGAAUUUAUGACGAACCAAGCUCUCCGCCGAGUCCCCCGAAACGUCGACCAGUCUCACCGGUUACCCGCUCGCGAGUAUUAGAGACAUCUGGAUCCUUUUUCAUGCGAUCGCUGCAGGGAGGUCGAUCUAAUCGUCUCACUAUCCGAUCCACUGCCGGAGCAGGAUGGCAAGAUGCUACCUCAAACUUUUAUACACGCCCAGAAGACCGUUACGCCUGUACUAGUAAUGUUACAGAUGGAAACACGGCACUGCCUUUUUGCAAUGCUUCCUGUAAUACAAACUCGCUGGUGGCUGUAGGUGAUGAAGAGGGAGGUGUACGAUUGCUUGACUCAUCAAAAGACGACGAGCGUGGGUUCUCCAGCGCAUAUCUUAAAUUUCGCCCUCAUAUGAAUUCGAUCAUGGACUUGGAGUUCUCCUCCGAUGACUCUUUGCUGGCUACAGCCUCUGGAGACCAAACGUCCAUGAUCAUCGAUAUGACUACGCAACGUCCAAUCCAUUGCUUGUCCAACCACUCGUCUUCAGUAAAGCGAGUUCAAUUCCAGCCAGGCGCCAACAACAAAGUUCUCGCCACCUGUAGUCGCGAUGGAAAUGUCAACAUUUGGGAUCUUCGCUGCAAAGGCUUUGAGCGUCCUUCAUUACAGGUUCGGUGCUCACUGGAGUCAGAGGCAGAAAACCCGGCGACGCCAGCUCCCCCCAAAAUGACAUAUCCUCAAGUUCUCAACACCAUCCAUGGUGCUCAUGCGUAUACAGCGCCUCCAAAACCAGCCAUGGACAAGACCGAGCCGCCCUCCCUUGGUCGGUCAGACAUUACCGUUACAUCCUUGGCCUUCCUUCCCACUGGACAAGAAAAUCUUUUUGUCACCGCAUCCGAGGCUAGUGCGAGUGUUCGACUUUGGGACUUGCGAACUGCUCACAACAACCGCCGUGGUCGACCUGUUCUCCCAUUGUCCACAACCCGGGAACCCGACAGCCAUCUCAAGUAUCGACGUUUUGGUCUUACUUCCAUCACACUCGGAGGUGAUGGUGCACGACUGUAUACUCUUUGUCGAGAUGGCACCGUCUAUGCAUACUCGACUUCCCAUCUGGUGCUUGGACAUGCACCGGAGCUUUCUCUCAAUAACGACCGCCCUCGCCGCUCUGGUGGCUCUGACAAAGAAGGCCUUGGUCCUUUGUAUGGAUUCCGCCACCCUCGUCUCCAGGUUGCUUCUUUCUAUGUCAAGCUUGCAUUGCGCAAAGCGGCCAAUGACCAUCAAGAGAUGCUAGCAGUCGGUAGCAGUGACCAUUGCCCGGUACUUUUCCCUACUGAUGAACGAUUCUUUCACCCCACUAUCAAGUCUUACCCCGAGGACGAUCUUCCUGCCCCUGGAUUGUUAUUCACUUCUCGAUCGGCGCUUCAGCGCUCCAACUUAGGUCUUGGUCUGUCUGGGCGGUUAGAGGAUACAAUCCCUAUCCAGAAAUCCGGUACCGCUCUGGUUGAGGGCCAUGAGAAAGAGGUUACUGGAGUAUCAUGGACUGUUGGCGGUGAACUCAUCACCGUCAGCGACGAUUACAGUGCCCGGUGCUGGCGUGAAGGACCCGAGGCUCGUGAACUUCGCAACAAUGGUGAUACCGAGGGUCGCCGCUGGCAAUGUGGCUGGGCUAAUACGAAAGACUCAUAUGACGACGAAGAUGAAUGA